AUGAGGACUAGCGUUAGUGAGUUGCGAAGAUCGCUUGAAGGCAAGCCGUACCUCAUAUCUUCAUUUCGCUACAAGAAUCUUGUCAUAUUCUGCGAUGGCUCUCUUAUAUUCGUUUAUGGUUUCGUUAACAAUAAUGGUGUAGCCGAAUACACGAAAUCAGUAAAAGUCAUCCUUUCGCCACCCAUUCCGACUGAUGUCAGGAUAUCCUUCAUGUCUGCUAUUCAUGAUGGGUCCUUAGUUGUCUUCUCCAGUGUGAAUUCUCUUUUUAUCGUGCGUGUUUCUGCAGAUUUGUGGGCCUCUAAGGCUGACGGUCAUGUUCCGCUCGGGCAGUACUUUUGUGGACUGCAAGUACAUGAUUCUCAAUUGACUUCCUAUGGCGCAUCAGAGAUUACGGAAGGUAUUGGGCUACCGUUGAAUGAGAAGGUCUUAGAUACUAUACUGUCUAAUAAAAAGAAUCUGUUGCCUAUCAAAGUGGCCUCAUCUCAACACGAGCUUUUGAAGAAUCUAUUCGACUUCUUCGACACGGCUAACAGAAACCAAGUUGUUAUUAGAGCCGCUCUCGAAAUGAGCCGUGAUAGGCUUACUGCGCUCAUCAAGUUUGCAAAUGAACUGGCUGAUAAGCAGAACGUUAUAAAUCAUCGACUGUUACAGGUUUUCCGUCAUACGGUUGCAGUCAAGGAGAAAAUGGAGACGAUUCGUCCCAGUGUGCUCAAGACUUUUGUUCGCAUUGACAAGAUUUCCACUCAAUUGACUGACAGUCAAGAACUCACAGCUGAUGAAACGAAACUGUUGGACGUCCUUAAGGAAUAUCGAAGCAAGAUGUUCACCAAUGCUAUGAAAACGUCGAAGCUUUCGCUAGAGGCAGCUCAAUUGCAACGAGAAAUAAGAGGUCCUGCAAGGGCAUUCACUGCAUCGCCUGGAGCGAAACUGUUUGUCCUACAAAACAGCGAGGAAGAGCUUUCUACUUUAAAACGUCGUUUGGAUAACAUCAGUGCGAAGUUAGAACAGUACGGUUUGCGUAGAACUGUAGAAAAUAAGGAAAAUCUGCAGAGUUAG